UUUUUCCACCAAUUUCAUCGUGGACGUGGUGAAGUGCAGGCUGGAUGUUGGCGGUGAUGAUGAUGAUGGCGAUGUUGGGGGUUGGGGAGGAAGGUUAGGAAUCCUUCAUCUUCAGCAUCACCGCCAUUAUCAAGUAGACGCUUGUGCGUCAAACAUGUGUGGAUUAAGCAACAAUUUGGGGGAGCGAGCGGAUGCCUUUCAUUUGCUGUCUUCGUUGAUCGUAAGCCAUCAAUUUGCUCUCUCUCAUUUUUAGCCUUUCUUUGCUGUUUUUUUUCCACGGGCUACGUCGGACAAAAAGGAUUUAUAUUCCUGUGAGACGCAGCCAGCGGAGGAAGACAGAAUUCUCACUCCUACAUGAGAAAUAUUCCCAUGCAUGGGUUCGAAUAAGUCAAGCACUUCACGGUCAUCUUUCAAAAGUAGAAAAUUGGAAACCUUUUUCAUGGACUGGCUUGGUUACCUCUUGGAGUGACAAAUAAGGAUGGUACCAUCAUUGACUUUGAUUUCUAAGGAGUACUGCAUCGAUUGAAGGAAUACCACAUUGACAAGGUCACAUCUCUCUUCCUUGACGUGGAUAUAACUAACCGAGCUUUAAAAUUGGAUUUGUCCUGCCCACGUUGAGUUUGCUUCCUGUUUUAGUGAUUAUACGUGAAGAUGUCACAGGUGAGUAUGUGCAAGACUAAUUAAAUUGGGAAAGACAAAUGAGCACAAACGCGGCAACCAAGUCUGGAGUAAUGGCUCGGUGGAGGCAACAUCCGAGGACAGGCAGCCGACUGCUUCCGCUCUGUGCUUGCAGCGGGAAAAUGCCAUCCAGUUUGGAGCAUCACACAAACAAAUGUUGGUCUUUUCUGUGGGUGCUUCUACUGCUGAGUCACAUGUGUGCAGUGGAAGCCGACAAACUCGACGACAAUGACCUGGUGGUCACGACCCCGAAUGGCAAGCUCCGUGGAAUCAAGAAGGAGUUGAACAAUGACAUCCUGGGCCCCGUUGUACAGUUUCUGGGCGUCCCGUUUGCCGCCCCACCCACAGGCCCGCGCCGCUUUCAGCCACCUGAGCCGCUGGUGCCGUGGCCGGAGAUCCGCAAUGCAACACACUUUGCCCCGGUGUGCCCUCAGAACAUCGUGGACGGCCGCCUUCCAGAUGUGAUGCUGCCAGUGUGGUUCACCAACAGUAUCGACGUCGUGUCCACGUACGUCCAAGACCAGAGCGAGGAUUGCCUCUACCUUAACAUCUAUGUUCCCACGGAAGAUGUCAAAAGAAUAUCCAAGGAAUGUGCAAGAAAACCUGGCAAGAAAAUGUGUAGACAUGGAGGUCCCAUUACAAAGAAACACUCUGAUGAUUUAAGUGAUAGUGACCGCGCAGCAGACGAAGACAUAAGGGAGAGUGGAAGCCCCAAGCCAGUGAUGGUUUUCAUCCACGGUGGAUCCUACAUGGAAGGAACUGGGAACCUGUUUGAUGGCAGCAUCCUGGCAAGCUAUGGCAAUGUGAUUGUCAUAACGGUCAACUACCGCUUGGGCGUUCUCGGUUUCCUGAGUACUGGUGACCAGGCAGCCAAAGGGAAUUACGGCUUGUUAGACCAAAUCCAGGCUCUUCGGUGGACCAGUGAGAAUAUUGCAGCGUUUGGUGGUGAUCCAUUACGUAUUACUGUUUUUGGUUCAGGGGCUGGAGCCUCCUGUGUCAACCUUCUCACACUUUCUCACUACUCCGAGGGCAACCGCUGGAGCAACUCAACCAAAGGUCUCUUCCAGAGAGCCAUUACCCAGAGUGGCACAGCGCUCUCAAGCUGGGCUGUUAGCUUUCAGCCAGCUAAGUAUGCGAGAAUGCUGGCCCGCAAAGUGGGCUGCAAUCUUGAGGACACGAUAGAACUCGUGGCGUGUCUUCAGAGGAAACAUUACAAAGAGUUGGUUGAUCAAGACAUCCAGCCGGCUCGCUACCACAUCGCCUUUGGACCUGUUAUUGAUGGUGAUGUCAUCCCUGAUGAUCCUCAGAUACUCAUGGAGCAAGGUGAAUUCCUGAACUAUGACAUUAUGCUCGGAGUGAACCAAGGGGAGGGCCUUAAAUUUGUGGAGCUGAUCGUGGACAAUGAAAACGGUGUUCAGGCCAAUGACUUUGACUAUGCCGUGUCCAGCUUUGUGGAUGACCUCUAUGGCUAUCCAGAGGGUAAAGACGUACUCCGAGAGACCAUCAAGUUCAUGUACACCGACUGGGCUGAUAGGCACAACCCGGAGACACGCAGGAAGACACUGCUGGCCCUCUUCACUGAUCACCAGUGGGUGGCACCUGCUGUUGCCACCGCUGACCUGCACUCCAGCUUUGGGUCGCCCACUUACUUCUAUGCUUUCUACCACCACUGUCAAACAGAACAGGUGCCACCGUGGGCGGAUGCAUCUCAUGGAGAUGAGAUCCCAUAUGUGUUUGGCCUGCCAAUGAUUGGACCAACUGAGUUGUUUCCCUGCAACUUCUCCAAGAACGAUGUGAUGCUCAGUGCCGUGAUGAUGACUUAUUGGACAAACUUCGCCAAAACUGGGGACCCGAAUCAGCCUGUACCGCAGGACACCAAAUUCAUCCACACAAAGCCCAACCGCUUUGAAGAAGUGGCAUGGACGCGCUACAACCAGAAAGACCAGCUUUAUCUGCACAUCGGCCUCAAGCCUCGUGUCAAAGAGCACUAUCGCGCCAACAAGGUUAAUUUGUGGCUGGAGUUGGUUCCUCAUUUGCACAGCCUGAAUGAUGUCACCCAGCUCAUUCAAACCACCACUAAGAUUCCUCCAUCAGACACCAGCAACCGCACCCCAAAGCCAAAGGUUUUUGUGACCAAGAACCCCAACCCAACUCCAUUGCCAACUGAGACCCAGGACAGCCAGAACCAACCACAUCUGGUGGACCAGCGGGACUAUUCCACAGAGCUGUCAGUGACGAUCGCCGUGGGAGCCUCCCUGCUCUUCCUCAACAUUCUGGCCUUUGCCGCACUUUACUACAAGAAGGACAAGCACCGCCAUGACAUCCACAAGCGCUGCAGCCCUCAACGCAGCGCAGCCAAUGACCUCGCGCAUACCCAGGAAGAGGAAAUCAUGUCUCUUCAGAUGAAGCAGCACUCAGACCUGGAGCAAGAGUGCAGGCAGCUGGCCGAUUCCCUGAAUCCUCAUGAUGUGCUGCUAAGGACUACCUGCCCCCCAGACUACACGCUGGCCAUGAGGCGGUCACCAGACGACAUCCCUCUCAUGACACCAAAUACCAUAACUAUGAUCCCCAGUACCAUGGGACGGCUUACCUCGCUCCAAUCCUUCAGCACCUUUCCCAGCAGCGGACAGAGCAACACUCUGCCCCACCCUCAUUCCACCACACGAGUAUAGCCCUGGACGCACCAGCGGGACUCUGCGGGACACGGCUGACAUCUUUGCUAGACGCCGUCAGUGCAAAAGCGGCCUGAAACACUGGUUCUACUCCCAGCUGUUAUCCGUGGAUAUAAGGCACUCAGGCCGCAGGAGAAAACACUCAUUUUUGAUAAAUCAAAAAGUACAAAAUAGCGAGUUGAAGAAAGCAAUCACUCAAACACAUUUGGGAUAUAUUUUUCAUUAUUUUUACGCCGAAAUAAAAAAAAGAUGAAGAAAAAAAAACCUUGGAGGUGGAAAGACGAGCCAAGACAUCUUUGUAAAAGAUAGAUAAUGCACUCUAGACUUCUAUGGGACAGAUUCCAUUUAAAUCUAUUAAGGCAUGUGUUGAUAAUGGGGGGGAUUUUUUUUUUUCUUGAAAAGAUCGGAAAAAAAAAUGGAAAAAAACGGAAGCGAAACACGAUAUGCACAACGGAAACCUUAAGAAAUGUUUGUUUUUGAUGAUGUAUUUUGGAGUAAAGGAUAGAACCAAUUAGAAUAUGGAAUUCUGCACUUUCAGCAUCACGGCUUUCUAGUCUUUCUAUUCGGUGAGCGAUGCGGUCGUUCUAUUCUAUUCUAUUCUAUUGUACUCUACAAUUGUCCCAGCAAGACUGAACUUACGGGAUGCACACACAAAAGAUGUGGAAGGGAAUUUAACACUUUCUCUGUUCGUUAGCAUUAAAAUGGUCGGGGGACUGACUGGCAACCAGUCCAGGGUGUACCAGGAUGUACCCCCGUCUCAGCUGGGAUAGGCUCCAGCUUAACCGUGACCCUGAACGGAAUACCGAGGAAACAUGAGUGGAUCAUUGUCACCUUCCCCCUUUCAUUCAUCGAUUUUUGGUUGGAUUUCCUAAUUUGAUUCUUGGAAACAUCCGCACAAGACUUUGGGGACCUCAGCCUCCACUGUGGAUGUUGUCUUCGGCGGAAUUAGGCAAAAGACCACCGGUUGUGCAUACGGGAAAAUACAAAUAUAUCUUAAUACCAGUCGGAAGUACGAGGACACUCUUUGCACUCUAUAUGUUGGCACGUAAUUAAAUUAGUUGUAUUGUAUCAUUUUGAUAUGAAAAUCCAUUGCUACAGUACUCUACCACUUUACGCACAUCGGUAAUAACUUGUGUCAUUGCCCUUUUUUCAACAUUUAAUAAACCAUGCAUUGGCUAACCAUUUGUAUGGAAAAGUGUUGGUCCACAGUAGAAACACAGUAGAAACACGGCAAAGGUGGCGCUACUUGGCCAAGGUUGGUACUUUCCUCAAAGGCGCACUCUACUAGUUGAAGGAUGCCGAGUUCAACUUCAUCUUUUACUACUCAAGUUCAACUACUCCAGUUUGCUCGUGUUUCUUUGCAUUUCAUAAUAAGAACAACAGGACCAUGUUUUUCUCCUGAAUGUAUUUAUGGGUAUUAGAAAAAUCACCAGUGCCUCAACUGGGAUUGGAACGAAUAAAAUAGAUUAGUCAUGUGCUCAAUGAUACUGGUCCCCAAAACUGAAAGCAACAACCUUUCUCACUCACGCUAGCAUAUUAGCUUAGCACAAACACGCGUGCAAUGCAAGCGUUCACACGGAUGCGACACCCUGAUUGUCAUCGUUUUUUGUUUUUUCUUCAAGUGUGACUCCAACAAGUAGAUUACGACGGAGUAUUGGGGCCACAAAAAAAUUCUGAAAAAAAUGUUUGCCGAGAAAAAAAGUUGUAAAUUUCCAAGAAUAAAGUUGUCAAUUUGUG